GAUUUAAUUAAUAGAUAACCUUCUUGAUUAGACUGUGGCGUUUCCUUACCUAAUCAGCGGUGGUUUAGGGUACAAAGGCUAGCAUUGUUGCUAACGUAAACACCAACUUCUUUUGGCUAAACCAAGCAUGAAUACAGGGAUACAUGGCCAGUUUUAUUAAAAAUGUAUGUAUCUAUGUGUUAGAGUUUAUAUAGGUUGUUAAGACACAUAGACAACCUAUUACUAUCGACUUUAUUCGAUUGUUACCACAAGCUAUUAAGCUUUACCCAGUUUAACACAUCCUCCAUUUCAACCAAGGCACACCCUCUCUUAUUAUCCAAUCAAAUCGCUAUGUUCCCUCAGUCGAUGUUAUGGCGUCAUCAGACACCCGUCUCGGGGUCACUAAAGAGCGAAACCGGGCGAAACAACUGGUUUCUAAAUCAUGAGAGCAGCUAAUCAUAGGUUCAAGCGUUACGAUAUUUAUGAUCGGAAAACAAUGAUAGUCCACCUUCACAUGGACGAGAUGGGCUACGUCUCCCAGUGGAGGGCCAUAUUUGCUGGAGGAAUCGCCGGCAUUGCAGCAGCACUGGCUACCUACCCUCUGGAGGUGGCAGAGACCCGACUGAUAGUGCAGAACUGCAGAGAGCCCACGUACACAGGAGUCCUGAACACCCUGGGCUCCGUCUACAGGAGCGAAGGACUUCUGGCCCUCUAUAGGGGCUUCUCGCUAACAGUACUGGGUGCCUUUCCCUUUUCCAUCGGCUGCUUCGCGGUGUACGCAAACCUGGACAAACUCUGGCAGGAGCCCCCCUUCCGCUUCAACUCCCUGCAGAACUUCAUCAAUGGCUGUCUGGCUGCUGGAGUGGCUCAGAGCCUGUCCUAUCCCUUUGACACGGUCAAGAGGAAGAUGCAGGCCCAGAGUUCCCACCUUCCACAUCUAGGGGGCGCUGAUGUGCACUUUACUGGAAUUCUGGACUGUUUCCGGCAGAUGAUCAGAAACAAGGGCGUCUUCUCCCUCUGGAGUGGCUUCACUGCUAAUACUGUCAAGAUCGUCCCUUACUUUGGCCUCCUUUACACUUGCUUUGAGACGUGCAAGCAGGUGUGCCUUUACCGCAACGGGUACAUUGUCUCCCCCCUGAGUUACACGUUGGCCCCAGGCGUUGACCAGAGCCUGGGGCCUUACGAGCUACAAGAGGUGAAGCGCUAUUUGAAGAACAGGAACUUCAGGUCGCAGGACUCCUUUAAGAAUCGCUGGUGAAGAGGGGCGGUGCGACUCUCUGUGCAAUAGAUAAUGAAUGCGGCUCACAAUGACCUCGGGGAUAAGACAAGGACUUGGCAAGAUGAGUCGCAUAUUCAUUUCCUUACCGUAGAUUUUUUUCUAUGUGUAUCUUUUUUUGUUCUGUUCUCCUCACAUUUCUGGACUUCUAUUCCUUCAAAGAGAUACCUCGACAAACACAGCCCUAUGGAUUAUCUGACAGUGUUAUUAUUGUUACCCUCUCCUUCUUAUUCCUCAGUAUUUCCAGUUUGAUUAUUGCCCAUGCUGCUGUUUUAAUAUUAGUCCUCAAGGGACUGGCAUCAUGUAUGUAUUUGUUAUCAUGUAUGUAUUUGUUAUUUGCAUAGGAAAAUUAAGUCUUGGAAAACCGCAAUGUGUUUCCAUAGGAGUGUGGUUUAAUGAUGGAGACAGUUAACUGGACAUGGGGCUUAUUCACCUAGCAGCCAUGUUUGUUUUUCUCAGAACUAGUUGCAAUAAUCAAGAGGGAACAAAGAUGGCUACUAGCUGAAUAAUGUCCAUUAUGUGCCUUCCUUGAAAGUUUUCAAUUUUCAUUCAGUUUUUUUGUGGGGCUGAUUUUAAAAUGUUUGCUAUGGAGAACUAGAUGUGCCAUAGUAAAGAAAGCGGUUUAUCAGUUAAAAAAAGAUUUUACUGAUCAAGAUGUUUCAACGAUCAAUUUUACUGCAAACAAAGAGUCCUGCCUGGGUGGUAGAGAGAAUAUGAAUAAUUGUAUUUGAGCAAUAAUUUUUGUUGUUGAAGAAUGUCUGUUUAUUUUCAUCAUUUGUCAUUUUAAAACUUAUUUAAAAUCAUGUAAAUCCCCUGCAUUGUCUUUGUUUCUAUAUUUUUUUAUGGAGAUCGUUUUAUGCCAGGGUCUUACUAUCACUGUGUCAAAGGUAAUGGAGGAAGUGAACACACACACACACGCACGACAUCACCCCCACCACCAUCCACACAAUAUUCACCCUCCCUGGUUGCCCUCUAGGGCCAAAAGUAACAUAAUCCCUGUUUGUUCUUUUCUUCUCUCGUUUCAAACUCAUACACA